UGGAACCAGGUGUCCCCAACCAGGAGAUGGGGGUCAAGGAGCUGGGCGCAGGGAAUGGUUGCUGCGCGGGUUCCUCUUGGCUUGACUUCGCACGAGCAGGCGUGCGCGAUCAAGGAAUGAAGAUGGCACGGUGUGUUUAGCACUUUAUUUUUGUUGUCCUUUUAAGAAAGGACGCUAUUGUAAAGCGUAGUCUUGCGGUGUUACGGUUCCGGUGCGUACAUGCGCAUCAGGAGUCAAGAGCGGAAAAAGAGAAGAAAUGUAGGUGUGCGCUUGGCUUUGUCUUUCCCUUCUGGAUGGUUCUUGGCACUUUAAAUUGAUUUGAAAAUGGUAGAUGUGGUCAUAAAGAAUCAAAAAGUAUGCUCUGCAAUUCUUUAUCUCUACAGAAUUUUUGCUUGUGCGUUUCCUGUGAACAGUACAGAUAAACUCUGGUACUCAGGAGACUAAGUCAGAAGUGCGAUGUGAGAUAAGCAGCCCUAAACACUAAAUGAAAUGGUAUUCUGUCAUAUGAACAGCUUGCAGACGUUUUCCUCUUGGGUAAGAAGCACUGGCAUUGUAUUUUAUGCAUUGCUGGUUUGUUGCAACACACUUGUUUACAGAUUAGCAUAUGCUUGGGUGUCAUGUUUUGUUUCAAGAUUUUUUUUUCCCCCAGAGUUUAUUACCUUUAUGGAAUCAUGUUAUGUAGCACAGAACUUCUCAGCCUUAGUAACCACUUAACCUUUUAAAAACACACCUGAGGGCCACCCUAUCUUUUUGAAAAAAAUAGAAAAAUAACCUGCUGAUCAACUUGUGCAGCUUUGCCUUGGUGGUUUUUAUUUACCAUCAAGUAAAGCGUAGGCUAAGUCUUCAAUGUUGUGUUUCGCUAUGCUUUGCUUACAUACUUGAGAAGGCCUGGGUAUAGUGGGGGGGUUUCUUCCUGGGAACCAUCUUUUGCUGUCUUGUGGGCUGUCAGAUUAAGAAACCUUGACAUAGGGUAAAGGUAAGAACUGUGACUUGUUCCUCAGCUGAUGCCGAGGCAAGGCAAGGACUGCUUUUGAGAGAACUUGCUCCAGCAGUGUUUUAGAUGCUGAAUCAACUCUGUUGAUGAUACUUCUUGAAUCAGUCUUGCACUCUUGUCUAUCGUGGGGUUUCCUACUACUAAGAGCAGUGCUUCACCUGCUUUUCUUUGACUAUUACGUUAGCCCUUCCUUUACUUAGAGACUGUUGCUAUCCAGUCCUGAAACUUCUAUUAAAAGUGGCCAUCUGUUACUGAAAAACCUACAGUUUCACAUACUGCUUCUGCUUUCCAAUCUCUCAUUAGCACUGAAUAUCAUUUCAGUAUCAGAGUUCCUUUGAACUGUACAAGCAGCUUGUGUGCCACCCAGAUAUUAUUCCUGUUUGCUUAUGCAUUAAUGCUUUAGUCCACUAUGAAUCCAUUUUCUGUAUGAAUUCCUAGUAAUUAUUACUCAUUCAUUGUUUACAGACUCAUGUAGCUGCAUUAAGGUUAUGCUGCAGGUGUUUGGCAGACUGGGAUUUCAAUCACGAGCUGAGAAGCCAGAUUUCUGAUCUGGCAAAAGGUUGUUUUUCCUUCAGGGGUUGUUUCUGUGGUCAGUACUCUGUCAUUGAAGAUGAGGCUGGCCGCUGAGAGUUACCUUGUUCUUCCCUGAACAGGCUUUCAAGCCACUCUUGCAUUCUUGUUAAAUUGGUGUUUACCCACCAAGAGCCUUCAAGGCAGGAAUUUGUAUCUAGCACCAUCCCUACAUCCGUCGGGUGGCUUGGAAGGCAACUUCCAAGUGCUGAGCAGCUGCAGAUCCUUCUUUGCAAACAGAUGCUUGGCAGUGCCAUCCGACAGUGCUUCACCCUCCAUGGUCUAACCUCAUCCUGAGGUUCCCCAUGUGAGCUCCAAAAGCCCCCACCUUGGUCCUCUGAGCAAAAGACUGGGGAGGAGAGAAGCAUCCGGGCCAGCAGGUACUACCUCCAGAGCAGACACUGGACACGACUCCUGGCUGCCAUCCUGCUCCUCUUGAUGUGCUGGCAGGUCACUGGUUAUUUAGAUGACUGCACCUGUGAUGUAGAAACCAUUGAUGCCUUCAACAACAACAAGCUUUUUCCUAGACUGAAUGAACUUCUGGAAAAUGACUAUUUUAGAUACUACAAGGUAAACCUAAAGAAACCUUGUCCUUUUUGGAAUGACAGCAGUCACUGUGGAAUAAGAGAUUGUGCCGUAAAGCCUUGCCCAUCUAAUGAAGUCCCUGAUGGAAUCAGAUCUGGAAGUUUUAAGUAUUCAGAAGAAGCCAAUAACCUUGCUGAAGAGUGUGAAGAAGCUGAGAGACUUGGAGCUGUUGAUGGGUCUCUGAGUGAGGAAACCCAGGAGGCUGUCCUUCGGUGGACGCGGCACGAUGACUCUUCAGACAGCUUCUGCGAAGCUGAUGACAUCCUUUCUCCUGAUGCAGAGUAUGUGGACUUACUGCUGAAUCCUGAACGCUAUACUGGCUACAAAGGACCAGAUGCCUGGAAGAUCUGGAAUAGUAUUUAUGAAGAAAAUUGUUUCAAGCCUCAGACUGUAAAAAGACCUCUGGCAUCUGGUAGAGGAGAUGACGGAGGGCAUACGUUUUACAACUGGCUGAAAGGUGUUUGCGUAGAGAAACGAGCUUUCUACAGGCUUAUUUCUGGUCUCCAUGCAAGCAUCAACAUUCAUUUGAGUGCCAGGUACCUUUUACAAGAUACCUGGUCAGAGAAGAAAUGGGGCCCCAAUGUUACAGAGUUCCAGCAGAGAUUCGAUGAAGUCCUUACCAGAGGGGAAGGUCCCAGGAGACUCAAGAACCUGUAUUUCCUCUACCUGAUAGAGCUGCGGGCCCUAUCCAAAGCAUUGCCGUUCUUUGAGCGCCCGGGUUUCCAGCUGUACACAGGAAAUAAAAUUCACGAUGCAGAAAUCAAAGACCUGUUGCUGGAAAUUCUCCAUCUGGCCAAGUCUUUCCCUCUGCAUUUUGAUGAAAACUCAUUUUUUGCAGGGAAUAAAAAAGAAGCUGCUAAACUAAAGGAGGAAUUUAGGCUACAUUUUAAGAAUAUUUCUAAGAUAAUGGACUGUGUUGGCUGCUUCAAAUGUCGCCUCUGGGGGAAGUUGCAGACUCAGGGCUUGGGUACAGCAUUGAAGAUCCUGUUUUCUGAAAACCUGAUAGAGAAGAUACCUGAAAGUGGCCCUUCCUAUGGAUUCCAGCUGAGAAGACAAGAAAUUGUUGCUUUAUUUAAUGCUUUUGGAAGGAUUUCAACAAGUAUUAAAGAAUUGGAAAACUUCAGGAACAUCUUACGAAAUAUGCAGUGAAUUCAUGUGAAACAAAGACUUAAACUCUUACUGUUCAGCUGCCCUGGGUUCUGUAAAAACAAGCAAACGCCCAUGGUUUCAUCACACUCCUGAAGACGACAAGGUGAAGACCACUGCUAGACCUCCUGCUCCCAACUGAUUUGUCUAUAAUCUGCUGAUGCCAAAUACUUUGUACAAAAAAGCUACUUUUUUACAAAGUGCAGGGACUACAUGUAAAGUUUGUUUUAUAUAUUGGAAGAUUAUUUUGGAUAACUUUAAAUAUUGAUACGUCAUGUUGAUGGAUGAGACUGAUCUCUUUGCCUUCAGAAGCUGGAGGUAGGGCUAAAAAUGUGACAUUGAAUAAAUUUGGGGAUACAAGAUACA